CCGCCGCCCGCAGUCAGCAGUCGUUUAGGGCAGAGGCAGGGGGUGAAAGGGAGGAGCGCGAGGGGUGUAUUCAGCAAGACGGCCGGAUGCUCGGUCCCUGGAGAUGAUGGACGUCCAGGAAAUCGACGACAACUCCAGCCAAGAGGCCAACCUUCCACCAGCAACCUUAGCCUUAGCCACGAAGAAGCGGACCAAGACCAAGAAGGACUCUCCCGCCGUAGCUCCUUCCAGCACCCUCACUCGCUUCCUAGGACCCGCCGGCCCUCCGUCCCGUUCUGCGUGGGACGAUGUGAAUCGGCAGUGCCCGGUGUGCCAGCAGACAGGCUUCUCGUCGCGGUCUUUAGCUUUGCACGUGAACGACUGCCUCGAAAGAAGGGCUCGGGCUGAUGCUAGCGAUGGUGAGAGCGCGGCUGGCGGGCGGAAAGAUGCAGGCGGUGGGGUGGGGAAUCCCGAUGGUCGCAAUACGGCGACUGCCACGUCAGUGGGAAAGGAAGCGAGCAGCGCCAUCACUGAUGUGACUGGCAGUGGAAGUCGUGAAGGCAACACUGAAAGAAUGUCAAGAGAAGGGACACGGAAGGGUAAGGCAGUACACCGUCGCGGAGGGGAGAAGCGAGUUCGUCAGGACAAGGAUGCGAAGAAGACCAAGACGCUUCAGGGUGGACGGGCUAUUGAUACUGAGAGAGCAGCCUCGAUUACCUCAAAGGCUCGGGUUCCUCACACCCGAAACCAAGCUGCCGACAAGACAAAGUCCAACACAAGAGCAGCUCUCCAGCAUCGCUUGCCCGAUUCCACACAGUCAUCCUCCCCCGGUGGGUCGCAGCAGCCAACCCCACUCCGCCGUCGAGCCCUAGGGUUAGCUCGGCCAAAGGGGCACCAGAUUGUCAGCGACGCCAUGCCAACACCUGCUGCUGCUUCGGAUGCGAGCAGAGCACGCAAAGACUGCGACUCGCGCGCCCUUGAUGAAAUCGCGCAGGCGCAGCUAUUGUUUUUGCGAGAGGCCUCUGCGCGUGGGCCUGCGCACGGCGGUGGAUGGCUCGGCACGCAACUUUUCCCUACACCUGACGAGGAAGAAGAAUCAGCAGACGAUGGCUCCAUUGAUUGCUGCUGUGCUGGCACCGGUGGCGGUGAAGGUGCAUGUCGGGCAAGCUGUGGGGUGGGUGAGUGCGGAACUGGACGAAAUAAAAGGAUGCGGAAAGAAAACCGUCGAGUGCGCGGCCGACCAGCGUCGUGGGGUGCUCGUCCGAACGACGAACAGGGGGGUUGGUUCGGAACCUGGCCAGCUGGCGGGAGUGUCGACGACGGCGGCUUUGACUGCUGGGGAGAUGGAGAUGGCUAUCUCACGCUGAAGACAUUUCCUCCGCCCGAAACGCUGGUGGAGUCGGAUGAUGAGGAUGGUAGUGAUGGUGGCGGAGCUGUCAUGCCGGCAGACGCCGCACAAUCGAUGCGUUUAGGCGAAGAAGGUAGCCCUGCCCCAUCGUCAAGAGCUGACUGCUUCCUGCAGGUGUUUUCUCGGCUGCAGCCCGCUCGUAGGGCGCUGAAACUUCACGAGCCGCCAACGCCACCGCCAACGCCAACGCCAACGCCACAAGACAGUGGUGGCAACCGUGCCAACGCCAAGGUCAAGAACGUCGGCAAACGAUCGCCACCGACAGCAGUCUCCCCGACAAACAAGAACACGAUUGCCAGCAGCUCGGGCCCACAGCAGGCCGAACGUCCAGCAUGCUCACCGACCAUGAGACCUUCCGUAGAGCUUGAGCCCGGCGGGGCUGGAAAUAAUGCGAGGACGGGGACUGCGCGUAGCUGCGAGGGUGAGAGGGUUCGCGAGUUGACCACGCCCCCGCCAAAACGCACGGCACUCGAAACGAUAUCUGAAGUCAGCGCCAAAAACAACCGGCGACCGAGCGCCACGACAGCUUCUUCCCCAGUGCAAAGUACGUCGGCUGCGAUCAUCGCCUCGUUCAAGCCCGUAUCUGGGCACAAGAUUAGCCGGAAGCAGCCGCCAGAAGAGCGUUCACGACAACAAAACCAGCCUGCUCACCAGAGUGGCGAAGAGGGAUCUCCGCGACAUGAGCAGGAGGGCCACAACCGCACUAGCUCGGAGGGGGCUAGCAGAAAAUCAUCUUUGCCGACGCCGACGGUACGACGUACCUCCACUUUCGAAGGGCAAGCCUGCUCCGGAGGCGUGGGAAACAGUGUGAGCGCGCGCCGCGGGACUUCCCCCAGGGUUGUCAAGACUCCCGCCAAAAGAAAUAGGCCGGCAAAUGAGAGUGCUGCAGAUGUUGUGAGCGCGCAUAGCGUGAAUUCCCCCAGGGUUGUCAAGACUCCCGCCAAAAGAUAUGGGCCGGCAAACGAGAGUGCUGCAGAUGCUGCGAGCGAGCAGAGCGGUAAUUCCCUUAGGGUUGUCAAGACUCCGGCCAAAAGAUAUGGGCCGGCAAAUGACAGUGCUGCAAGUGCGACGGCUCCAAGCUCGGUGGGGUCGGAGCGCGCGACGUCGGCGCCUCAGGCCAGGCGUCCGGUUGCGGUCGCGAAUGAAAACCAGACCAUUGGCGAGCAUCGAAAACGGACGGCUCAUGUCGAUCGCGCCCCGGUGGACGCAACAACACAUGGGGUGCCACAGCCACCUCCUCGGCACGGGAGCUCGACGAGUUCUGAUGGAGUGAAACGCUCCAUGCCAGGCGCGACGGUUGCGAAGAAGCGAGCAUCUAGCCCUCAUGAGAGGAAUGUCAGGGUAUCGUCGUUGGAUGCCGGUUGCCACCGCAGGUCACAGAGAGACCCACCUCCUGGCCUGCAGCGCGCGAUCCAUACGUCCAGCCAAUGGAACGGCUCUAGAUCGAGGGGAGCGUUGGCCUCACGGGCGUCUUCCGGGUUGCUGCGAAGUGCUGACCUCGCAGCACGUUCUGAGAAUCAGCACAAGGAAAACGAGAAUGCGAAGGUCGCGCCUGCUGCGAACGAUAGUUUCGUGGACCUUGCCGGGAGCAACUCAUCGCAGCUAGAAGAGUGUGAAGGACGCAAGGCGGACGUGCCGCAGAAGGGUUCUCUUACUGUCGUCUGGGAGCAUGGAGCAACUCUUCGGGAUGGCUGGUCUAUCGACAGCUCGCACGAGCUCGGAAGGCUGGCGUUCGGGGCCUCGCUGGACUAUGAUGCGGUUUGGCAUCUCUCUCCUGCCGAUGCGGACUGUGUUGGCGUUCUCCGGUACCGCGUCGUGCCCCAUCCUCGCCUUGCACCCACGGGCGGUUGGAUCAGUGGAAGCGGGCGACUCCGAGACGAUCCCUAUAUCAUCGUCAAAGCUGAAGCUUCUCCCUGCAUUCGUCCUAGCAAGGCAGCCAGUCGAGAUCGAGGGGACGGGCAGGGGGGCUCAGGGCAGAGGCAACCAGAUCUCGAUCCCCAUCACCACCAAGGUAGAGUGGGAGUCGAAAGCCCGAAGAAGUCCACGCAUGGAGCGGCUGAUGGCGGGUACACAGCAGCUGCGCCGUCGCGUGGCCACGCGGGGCGAUCGCGAGGAACAAAUGGCACGCAUGGGCGGCAUGCGGAGCGCUAUGAACCAGCGGAACAGAGUCACAGCGAUCGCGUGUCUGCGGGUCCAACGCCGGAGGGGGGGCGACGAACGCAGCCGCCAUUUCCUUCUAGAGUCUUGCCGAAGGCCGUCUCGGCUGGGGGAAGCUUCGGGCUCGCAACAAGCCCUUCCGCAAAAGCACUGGAGGCGAACGACUCUGGCGACAAGGUGACGUGUCCCGUUUGCAACCGAGGCAUGGACCACUGGAAGUCGGGGCAGCGCCAGCAGCACGUCCACGCCUGCCUGAUGAAGCAGCCGUCCUCCGCAAAGCAGACCCGUCUAGCCGGAGACGCAACGCCGAGCGCCUCGCGGCCGUCGGGGAUUGCACACCGAUCGUCGCUUCAGUUCGAUGGGUCGAGCGACCCCGGUGAAUCAACUACACCACUUCCCGAGCGUGGGCCAGGAGUGCGAAGGACAGAUGGAACGGGAUCGUCCGCGAACAGGCAAGAACUGCCGCCAGGUCCUUCGGAAGGCCCGAGGUCAACACGAGUGUCACUUCAGGAGGUAUUUUCACCCAAACCUGCACGUGACCCAGAUGGAACAAAUACGGUCUCGGCAUCAAGAGGGACGGCGCCGGCUAGGGGACCGGCCACCACGGGGAGAGUGUCGUCAUCGAAGGGCCUCACUGAGUGCCCUGUCUGUGGGGUUAGUUUUGGAGGCCGACAGGGGCAGUGGGAGAGACAAGCGCACGUGCAGCAAUGCCUGGAUAGUGCCUGGGAACCCUAGAAUAGGUGUUUGGCUUUGGAGAGAAAGGUGUUGGAAAGAACACGGCGUCUACAAGCUUUUGGAAACGAACCGCUCCACAUGAACGGAGGAGGAGGUUGGUGUUUAUCGGAG